ACCGAGAGGCACAGAAACGACAAAACGUGCGAUUAAAACUCGGCGUGAGAUUUAAAACGCGGCUCUGAAGAGAUUUCGUUUAGUUUUUAUCUGUUUUUUUUAAAAAAUUCACGACACCGCCUCGUAAGUCCCGCCCACCUCGAAAGCUCGUUGGUUCGACGGUUGCGAGUCCGACGCUCUGAUUGGCCGGGGGUCGGCGGCCGAAGUUGUGAUUGGUUCGCCGAGCAGUCGAUCUCGAAUCCAUGCGAAAAUUUUAAUGUUUUCGUUUUUAGUUUUUAAAUAAUAUGUCGUUUCUGUUUUCUGUUUUUAUAAAUCGAUUUGGCUUUUUUGAAGACGGUUUCUCAAACUUAUUUUCCCAGUCCUCAGAUGCGAGGGGGUGCAGUGGGAGGGGUCCGGUCUCGAAUGGGACCCGCUCUGCAGACGACACUGGGGGGGGGAGGCAGAGGGAUGCCCCCCCUGAUUCACAGAGGAGUGGGGGGCUUCGACGCACGCCAGAAAAUUGGGGUGUCAGACGCCAGACUCCGACUGGGAGGGGGUGCAGCAGCAGCUGGUGGUGCCGGCUCACUCCUCCCUAUGAAAGACGCGCGAGAGAAACUGGGACAGAAAGACGCGCGAUUCCGAAUCCGAGGACAAAUCCAGGACGCUCGGCAGACCAUCAACUCCCGCAAGCAAGGGGGCGGGGCCUCGGAACACCAGGGGGGAGGGGCCAGCAAGCUGCUGGACGCCAGGGAUAGGCUGAGCCUGAAGAGGAGCAUUCCGAUGAACCCGCCCUCCACUCUGGGUUCCGCCAGCUCUCAGGCCACGCCCCCUGUGAAGAUCACCAAAACCAUACAGGUGAGGGCUGGGAAUCAGACUCCAAUCCCACAGCAGUGUGAUCCAGUCCAGGUUUUACUGCUACCAGCUUGAUCAGCCCCCAGUGUGUCUAGCUAACAAGCUCAGGUGUGUCUGAUUAUUAAACUCCUAGUGAAACCAGGACUGGAUCACACUGCUGUGCAGCGGGAGUCUGAUUCCCAGCCCUGUAGAUAGACUUUGGUUGAAGGAGGUUUGUAGCUGAUUUUAUAGUGGAGAGAGCUACAGGAUAUUGCUGGGAACUGUGGGAUAUUUAG